AGGUCGGCCGGGAUUUGAUUCUAUUGGGCGAUAAGAAACUCCAUGCGCGUAUAGAAGUUAAUAGUUUUUUCCCCCCAGCGUGGUGACUUGGUUUCUGAUCCCACGCUGGAUCAUCCAGAAGUGAUGGAUCGAUUCGUGAUAGACUCGAAAUCGGUCGUGUGGUGACGAAAAUUCAUUACCAGAAUCAAAUGAACUGCAUGAGAAUUAUUUCGAAAACUAUUUCGCUUUGGUGUUAGUAAUCGUAUUUUGUGCGAAUCACAUUUUUCUUACCGUAUUUACGCGAGUAUAAGACGUACUCCAUAUGUUUCAAUCGUAUUAUCAAUUUACAGCUCAUCGAACUGAAGAAGGCGUGUAUAGUUGAAGAUUUUAUGACGCUUUGUCACUUGCUUCACGAUGCGCUAUUAUUGGCACCAUUGUGAGAUAUGACACAGAUUGUCAGACUUUUUGCUGGAAUUCUCCCGACAAUCGUCUUGUCGCCAGUGCUGGUGGCUCCGGCUUUCAAUUUCGAUGGUAUGAAUUCCGAUGUGGAUGGGCAAGAGCAGUAUCGCGGUGUUGUUUACCGGGGAUCCGAGGAAGACGAGUUCGAUCGUGAAUACAAAGGCAGUUUGUUCAGGAGCAAUGGGAUUCCCCCGAACAUUGUGUUUAUUCUUGCGGAUGAUCUAGAUCUCACCUUGGAAGGGAUGACUCCGUUGGAGAAAACGAAAGAAAUACUCGGUUCCGGAGGAGCGACUUUUAGUAACAUGUUCGCCACCACGCCGAUCUGUUGUCCAAGUCGGAGCAGCAUCCUCACAGGACAAUACCAACACAAUCAUCAGGUGCUAAACAAUUCUAUACCGGGGAAUUGCUACGGAGACACAUGGCGAGCGGUUCACGAAGAAAAAUUUUCCUUCGCCCCGUACUUGAAAUCUAUGGGUUACACGACGUUUUAUGCGGGGAAAUACCUCAAUCAGUAUGGUCAUGAGCGUGCCGGGGGAAUUCGACGCAUACCGAUUGGAUGGGAUCAUUGGGCUGGAUUGGUUGGGAAUUCCGUGUACUACAACUAUACCUUAUCGGUCGAUGGGAAUCCCGAGGAGCACGGGGAUCGACCAGAUGAAGAUUACCUCACGAAUGUUAUUAAAAACAAGUCUUUGGAUUUCCUGGCGAAGUAUGAACCCGAAACCAAUGGUCCACUGUUCAUGUUCAUCGCACCACCAGCUCCUCACGCUCCUUACACACCCGAGCCCAAGUAUGAGAAGGCUUAUUCCUAUGUUCGUGCCUUGCGAACUCCGAACUUCAACACAGACAAUGUGGAUGACAAGCAUUGGUUGCUUAGACAAGGUCCACAUCCGCUACCAGCUGGAGUCGUUGAUGAAGUGGACGAGUUUUUCCGGGAUCGAUGGCGUUCUUUAUUGUCCGUCGACGAUCUGGUUUCUGACGUGUACAAUUCUCUGGCAGAGAAGGGAAUGAUCGACAACACUUUUAUUGUUUUCACAUCCGAUCAUGGGUAUCAUUUGGGUCAGUUUUCUCAGCCAAUCGACAAGCGCCAGCCGUACGAAUUCGAUAUUCGUGUGCCUCUCUAUGUACGAGGUCCCGGAGUUGAAGCAGGAUCAACGAGGAACGAAGUUGUCUUGAAUAUUGAUUUGGCUCCCACGUUUAUGCAAAUGGCAGGUUUGCAGCCUUUGAAAUCCAUGGACGGAGAAAGCUUUCUUCCGCAUAUGUCACGAAAAUUGGGCAACCAUGGACUCAUUCCGGAUGGGAGAAAAUUAUUCUUGGUGGAAUAUCAUGGCGAAGGGAGCAAAAUGGUAAACGAGCAGUGCACAGAUGAUACCAACAUGGAGGGAUGUCGUCCUGAUCUUGCAUGCAAGUGCCAAGAUUCCACGAACAAUACUUACGCUUGCAUCCGAAAUGUGGAAGAGCACUUGGAUUUUCUCUAUUGUCAGUUUCAAGAUAUGGAGCAUUUCGAGGAAUUCUACGACAUUCGACACGAUCCCUACCAACUGGUGAAUCAAGCUGGUAGUUUGCAAGGAGGAUGGAGGAAAGAUUUCCGUAAAGCCCUUAAAUCCCUCUCUCAAUGUUUUGGAGUGGAAUGUCAUCAAUUGUCUGGGGCUUCGUUCGACCGUCAAGUUCCAAUGGCUGAAUUAAUGCAUAAUCCCAUGAAUUCACGAUAAAUGCGAAUUUUUUUAUAUAUUUUCGCAGCUCUUUUUUAAAUUCAAGGAAAUUUAUUCGGGAAUGUUGCGCUUUUUUUCUAGGAUUGUUUCGACGUUCCAACGUUUGCAUGCGAAUGUUCGAAGAAAUAUACACGCUGAAAUAAUUCGUUA